UUCUCACACAAAACAUCACCCGAGAAAACAAAACAAAACAAAAACUCCAAUUUCCUUUUUUUUGUGUUCUUUCCUUCUUCUGUGUCUCACGAUCGAAGUAAUCUGUUAAACUAAUCGAAUCAAAUCGUAAAGAAUUGACGGAAGAUAGAUUUUCGUGUGGUGGCUAUAUCCGACGAAACUCGGAAAAAAAGUUAUAAAUGGGUUUAGGCAAAUUCAAUUUCGACGCUAAUGAUCUCCCCGAAGACGGUAAUAGCGAUUCUCGCGAUGAAGGAGAUGGUUUUGGUUCGGUUUCGUGUUCGAUUUGUCUCGAGACGGUGGCUAAAGACGGCGAUCGAGCUUGGGCUAAUCUUCAAUGUGGUCACCAGUUUCAUCUAGAUUGUAUUGGCUCAGCUUUCAAUGCAAAGGGGGUGAUGCAGUGCCCAAACUGUCGGAAAGUAGAGAAAGGCCAGUGGCUUUACGCAAACGGUUGCCGUUCUUACCCUGAAUUCAAUGUCGAGGAGUGGGUUCAUGAAGAGGAUAUUUAUGAUAUUGGAAGCUACUCUGAAAUGGUAAUAGCCUUGUAACCCUUUCCCUUCCCAAGUUCUGUUUCUUCACUCAACUCCUCUGCCUCCUGAGGAUUGUCUUUUAACUGCUUGAGUUAUGUUCCAUGUCGAAAGUGCUUGUGUUUAUGUAUAUUUGCAGGCUUUUGGAGUUCACUGGUGCCCUUUUGGAAGUUCAGCGCGUCUUCCUUCCUUCGAGGAUGGAGAUUUUUCGCCGAGUUCAUAUCAUGAUCUCAUGGGGCAGCAAGGUUACUUUACAGAACCAGCAGCGCCAUCAGCAGGUCACCCAUGUCCAUAUGUAACUUACUUUGGCCCUGUUCAUUCUUCUUCCUCAAGCACUGGCGGUGCUGCAGGCGUUUCAGACACGUCAAGUUUCCCUAGUCACUGGAACACAGGCUCGUCCGGUGAAGUCCCAACUCCUUAUGGUUUCCCUGUGGAUCCACACUAUCACGGCUGGGAAUAUCACUCGCCUCCACCACCACAUCCUCCACAGCACUUCUCUGCUUCUAACCCUCACGUGGGCAGUCCAACACAUCCCACGCCUCCACCAGCUGCUUCAAGGACUUCCCGAGCCAACGGCUCAGAUGUUAUAAGACCAAGACCGCCUCAUUUCAUGCGUCCAUCUUAUCAUGGUCACAGUUCUAGCGGUAGAGCAGGGAGCUCGGUGGCAGCUGUUCCGAGGUCACCGCCUUUUCCGGGAAGCAAUGCUCGGACUCGAGAUAGAAUGCAAGCUCUUCAAGCCUAUCACCAACAGUCUUCUGGUGCUGCACAGUCACACCAACCUGAUUCUCCCAUAGUGUCUCAUGGGCCUGUGUUCUCCUCUGGGAGGAGGCCCAGUAGAGCUUCCUUGAUGGGCUCAACUUCGUCUUCGUCGGAUCAGGCGGGUGGGAGCGCGUUUAUCCGGUUUAACAUAUGGGAGAGGGAGCCUUAUAUGCAAUUGCAACAGGCUUACCCGGUUAACCAGAUGGACAGAGAACAACCAUCACUUUGGACCUUCAAUGAAGGAUCAGGAAGUCUCCAUCAGAGGCAUGGAGGUGGAGGAGGAUCAUCAUAAGAGUCAAUGGCCGGGGAGAAUGUCAUGAAUGUUGGACCAAAGCUAAACCAUAAAAAAAAUUGGGAAUUUGAUAAACCUGAAAAAACUGCAUGCUCAAGUUAUGUGAUGAGUUGAUAAUCUAAAAAAAAAACACAUAUGAAUGUGGUAUGUAAUGGUUUGGAGAGAGACUGCUUUCCCAGUUGGUGGUGUGACCGUCCGGUUUGCGCCGGUUAAGGUCUGGUUUGGAUCAGGGUAGUAAAAUGGUCUUUGGAUAUUUGUUAUUAUUUUCUUGAGGAGGCUACAAUGGGUACCUAAGUGAAAGACACCCUAAUGAAACAUUUGUUUUCUUCUUCUUGCUAUGUUAAAUGUUAUAAAGUACUGACUUUUCUUUUUAGGCUAUCACAUUUUAUUCAAUGGUGAUGAUUUGUUAUCUAGGCCAAUUUACCAGACUAUAGUCUGUGUUACAACAAAAAAAAUAGAAGAUUAUGAGCCACAUUGAAAUAAAUGUUCAUGAG